AUGAAGUUCUCUACAAUUGCAAUCCCAGCCGCUUUGGCCCUUUUAUCAAAAGCUAAUGCUGAUCAAACUGGUGCUUCUCCAGAUGUUAAUCAUCCAGAUUUCAAACCUUUUGAUAAAUCAUCAUUAUCUUCAGAUUCAUUUUUUGAACAAUUCGAUUCUGAAGAUUGGGCUAACUUAUGGAAAAUUUCAAAGGCUAAAAGAGAUGAAGAAUUUACUUAUAAUGGUAGAUGGUCUGUUGAAGAACCUGUUGUUUUCCCAAGUUUUAAAGGUGAUAAAGGUUUAGUUUUGAAAACUCCUGCUGCUCAUCAUGCUAUUCAUGCUAAUUUCCCAACUACUUUCGAUAAUAAAGAUAAUACUUUGGUAUUACAAUAUGAAGUUAAAUUACAAGAAGGUUUAAAAUGUGGUGGUGCUUAUUUAAAAUUAUUAUCUGCUGAAGGUUUACCAAAUGAUUCAAAUGAAUUUAAUAAUGAUACUCCAUAUCAAAUCAUGUUUGGUCCUGAUAAAUGUGGUACUACAAAUAAAAUCCAUUUAAUUAUUCGUCGUAAAGAUCAACACACUGGUGAAUAUGAAGAAAAACAUCUUGCUGUACCACCUUUAGCGAGAGCUGUUAAAACUUCAACUUUAUAUACAUUAAUCAUUAAACCUGAUCAAGAUUUUGAAAUUAGAAUUAAUGGUGAAACUGUUAAAGCUGGUAAUUUGGUUGAUGAUGAUACUUUAUUACCUGGUUUAAACCCACCAAAGGAAGUUUAUGAUGAAAAUGAUACAAAACCUGAAGAUUGGGAUGAUAGACCUGUUAUUCCAGAUCCAAAUCAAUUAACAAAACCUGAAGAUUGGGAUGAAUUUGCUCCAUAUACCAUUCCUGAUCCAAAUGCUGUUAAACCUGAAUCAUGGGAUGAAAAUGCACAAGAAUAUAUUGAAGAUCCAGAAGCUGAAAAACCAGAUUAUUGGGAUGAUGAAGAAGAUGGUGAAUGGAUUGCUCCAACAAUCUUGAAUCCUGAAUGUUUAGAACAUGGUUGUGGUAAAUGGGAACCAGAACAAAUUAUUAAUCCAGGAUAUAAAGGUAAAUGGGUUCAACCAACUAUUGAAAAUCCAAAUUAUAAAGGUGAAUGGGAACCAAAGAAAAUUCCAAAUCCAAAUUAUUAUGAAGAUUUAUCUCCUUCAGAUUUAGAACCAAUUGGUGGGUUAGGUUUUGAAUUAUGGUCAAUUGAAAAUAAUAUUUUAUUUGAUAAUAUUUAUUUAGGUCAUUCUAUAAAUGAAGCUGAAUUAAUUGGUAAUGAAACUUUUAAUCCAAAAUAUGAAAUUGAACAAAAAGAAGUUUUAGCAUUAGCACCAAAGGCAAAAGAAGCUGAUAAACCAAAUCAAAACUUAUUUGAUGAUGAUGAAUAUGCUGAUGAUUUCUUAACAACUAUUGUUGCAUAUGCAAAUCAAUUUGUUGCUAAUGGAUUUGAUUAUUUAACAGAUUUCUUAGCAAGUCCAAUAAGUACAUUAAGUUCAAAACCUUUUGAAGGUGGUGCUUAUGCAUUUGUUUUCGUUCUUGUUUCAAGUCUUGUCUUGGGUAUUUGGUCAGUUAUUAUCUCUUCAAUAACUGGUGGUUCAAGUGCUCCAUCAUCAUCAACUAUUUCUAAAGAAGCUAAUCCUGCUCCAAAAGAAGCUGCUCCAAUUGUUUCUGAAAAAGUUGAAAUCAUUGAAGAUGAAACUUCAACUGGUGUUUCACAAUCUGAAACUAAAGCUACUAAACGUACUUGA